ACUUUGAAGACUGGUUCGUCGGUGAACGCGUGAACGAGCCCCCGGUUCAGAACUGUUUUCCGGUAACCGGGUCCACGUCGCUUCACGCGGGUCGAACACGACACGACACGGCCCGUCGUAAAGGAAACGUGAGUUAAAUGUGACGCCACAAGCUGAAACUCCCGCUUCGUGUGGAGCUCGCGCACAUUUAGACUUAAAGACGAUGAUGAGCUCCCUGUCCCCCCUGCUCUUCGUGUGCCUGGACGUAUGCAUGGUGCACGCGGUCCGCUCGGCCCGGCUCUUGCCCGCCGCCGUCCUCCUCCGCCAUCCGCUCCUCGCCCUGUGGGGGGGCGGGCUCACCAGGGCCGGCCUGCUCGCCGGCCUGCUGGCCCUCGCCCCCCCGACGAGACCGCCGUGGAUGAGCGGCUUCCAGGCGCUGCAGGGCCUCGCGGUGCUCUGCUUCCACGGCCCGGUGUACGUCACCCUCCUCCGGGCGCUGGGGGCGCCCGCCACGGAGGAACUGUGGGGGGGGCUCUCCUGGGAACGGGUGUUACAAGGUUACGUCGUGACGAUAGUGGCGGGGCUCUACUGGAGCCGAUACGUGUCGUCUCUGUUGCUCUCUUCGGGUCGAUGCAUCUCCUCUCUGCUGACGAGGGCGCCCAAAGAGGAGCCCAAAGAGGACACCAGUGCGUCUCUGAAUAGGCUGAUGGGAUAUAUGCGGCCCUAUCUCGGGCGCUUGGUUUCCGUGCUGGUUCUCGUGUUGCUUUCAUCUUACGGUGAGAUGGCUGUUCUUCGGUACACCGGCCAGGUGGCGGACUGGAUCGCCAACGAGGAGGCGCCGGACGCCUUCACAGAGGCCCUCAGCGUCAUGACGCUGAUGACCGUUGUCAGUGCCGUGCUGGAGUUCGCGUGCGACCUCCUCUACGACUUCACCAUGAGCCGCGUCCACACCGCGGUGCAGGGCGCCGUGUUCCAGGCCGUGCUGAGCCAGGAGAUCGCUUUCUUUGACGGCACGAAGACAGGUGAACUGGCGUCCCGCGUUACCACGGAUACCAACGAGAUGAGCGAGGCGCUGAGUGAGAAGUUGAGUCUCGUGAUGUGGUACACGGGGCGAUUGGGCUUCCUCUUGUUCUUCAUGGUGAGCCAGUCUUGGAAGAUGACCCUGCUCACCUGCAUGGGCCUGCCCGUCAUGUGGCUCAUCCCGGAGCUCAUCGGACGCUUCCAGAAGACCAUCGCCGUCGAGGUCCAGGAGUCCCUGGCGAAGGCCAACCAGGUGGCCACGGAGACGUUCUCCUGCAUGAAGACGGUGAGGAGCUUCGCCAACGAGGACGGCGAGACGGAGCGGUACACUCGGCGGCUGGACGCCAUUUACGCCCUGAACAAAAAGGAAGCGGUGGCGUACGCGGCCUCCACCUGGGCCAACAGCAUGACCAGCAUGGCCUUGAAGGUGUUUAUUCUGUACUACGGAGGCACCCUGGUGACCAGAGGGGGCGUCAGCAGGGGAGACUUGGUGUCCUUCGUCCUCUACGAGCUGCAGUUCGCCUCCGCCGUCGAGGCCGUCAUGCGUUCCUACCCAGAGGUGAAGAAGGCAAUCGGGUCCUCGGAGAAGAUCUUUGAAUAUUUGGAACGCAAACCUAAAAGACCCCCGAAUGGCUCUUUGGCCCCCGAAACUCUGGAGGGUCUCAUUGAAUUCAAAAACGUCACAUUUUUCUAUUCCGGCACGGCAAACGAAAACACAUUCAUGCUCAAGGACGUGUCUCUGGAGAUGAAGCCGGGGAAAGUCACUGCCCUGGUGGGGCCCAACAGAUCAGGGAAGUCCACCUGUGUCCGGCUGCUGGAGAGAUUUUACCAGCCCCAAGCCGGAGAGAUCCUACUGGACGGGAUCCCGCUGCACAGCUACGAAGACCAGUACCUACAUGACAAGAUUGCGGUCGUGAGCCAGGACUGCGUGCUGUUUGCUCGCUCCGUGCGAGAGAACAUCAAGUACGGCGUGGAGGACGCCUCCGACGAGGAGAUGCACGCGGCCGCCAAGCGGGCCAGCGCCCACGAGUUCAUCAUGGAGCUGUCGGGUGGCUAUGACACAGAUGCUGGGGAGAAGGGCGGCCAGAUGUCCGGAGGCCAGAAGCAGCGUAUCGCCAUCGCCAGAGCUUUAAUCCGACGGCCUAAAAUCCUGAUACUCGACAACGCCACCAGCGACUUGGACCCCGAGAACGAAUAUCAGGUGUGCCAAGCUCUGUUGAGCAAAACCGACGACUGCUCCGUGCUGCUGAUAUCCAACAAGAUGAACGUCGUGGAGAAGGCCGACCACAUCGUCUUCCUCAAGGAAGGGAUGCUGAUGGAGGAGGGCAGCCACGAGGAGCUGCUGCAGAAAGGCGGCCAUUAUGCCGCCAUGGUGAAUAAGCAGAAAACGGGCUUCAGCCGCCAAGAGGAGGAGACGGAGGACACACGCUGAUACAGGGGUUGCCCUGAAGGCCGGAGAAGAACGGUCCAGACUUUAAGGGUCAACGCUGCCCACAAGGGUCCAAAACCAGGAAUCUGGCAUUUAAGGGAUAAUUCCAUGGUAGAAACUAGAACGGGCACUCGGUAGAGCACAUACCUUCGCAUAUCACAAGAUUGGGCAUUGAAUUAUGAACAUUUUGGCAUUAGUUAUAAAUUGACCGUGCUAUGGUAACAAGAAGAUUUUGACCUUUUCAUGACCUUGACCUUUGACCCGAUCAACCCCAAAAUCUAGUCAAAUGGUCCCCGGAUAAUAACCAAUCAUCCCACCAAAUUUCAUGCGAUUCGGUUUUAUACUUUUUGAGUUAUGUGAGGAACACGCAUACAAAUAAAUAAAUACACGGCGAUCAAAACAUAACCUUCAGCAUUUUCAAUGCGAAGGUAACAAUAUGACAAACAUCUCUGCGUUCAUUAUCAUCCUUUAUGAGAACUGAACUUUAUACACUUUGCAAAAAUAGACGUAGAAGAGUUCAGUGAGGUUGAUUAUACGUACUUUAUUUUUUGUAAUAUUUAAGAUGAGUGAUUUUUUGAGGAUCUGAAUGUAUAUAUUUAAAUAUAUAUUUGUCUUUAUAUUAUUGUAACUGUACUUUUUCCUGUAUUGAUGCUUCUUUACUUAUUUAAAGGUUUUUAUUACUUACUUUUCAUAGUGUGUAUUACUUACUUUUCAAGGUUUUUAAUACUUACUUUUAAUAGUAUGUAUUUCUUCAUUGUAAUAUACUGUAGCUUUGCAUUGUGUGUAUUUAUCCUGUACUGUUUGUUAUUGUUUUAUGUGUAUUAUGGUCUGUCAAGGGACUACAGAUGCAAAUGAGCUGAAGCUACAAUUUUGUACAGAGCAUCAAAUGGUGAAAUUUUUUGUUUUAACUGUACAUGGUCCCUUUUAAAUAAAGAUAAUAAUAUAAUA